AUGAAAAUCAAUUUUGCAAAAAAACCACGAUUUUUUGACGAUUGGGGAGAUGAGGAUAACAGCGGGUGGGAUGAUGAAAUGGAUAUUUUAAAUGAUAAAGAAAAAAAAGUUGAAUUAGUAUGGUCAGAUAAUGCACAUUUGGAAAUAAAAAACAUGGACCUUACUUUAUUGGAAAAAUGA